GGAGUGGGUGGCUGUGACUCUUGUCAUGGAGGGGCCUGAGGCAGGGUCCUGAGGCCUGUGUGCCUCCACGCCAUAAUGCUGGCAGAACUGAUAUUUCUCUUGAGGAGUCUCCAUGGGAUACUUGCCUCCGCAGGCACCAUAGGAGCAGUGGCAGCUUGGCUGAUGAGCUAUAAGCCAGCCUUGUUUGGGUUCCUAUUCCUUCUGCUGUUGCUUAGCAACUGGCUGGUCAAGUAUGAACACAAGCUCACCCUCCCAGAGCCCCAGCAGAAGGAGGAAGACAAACCAAAGACUUCCGAAAACGACUCCAAGAACAACAAGGCCGUGAACACAAAAGAAGUCAAUGGAACGCAUGCCUGCUUUGCCCUCCAGGACGAGAUCCUCCAACGGCUGUUGUUCAGUGAAAUGAAGAUGAAGGUCCUAGAAAAUCAGAUGUUCAUCAUAUGGAAUAAAAUGAAUCACCACGGGCGGUCAAGCAGACAUCGGAAUUUUCCCAUGAAGAAACACAAAAUGAGGAGGCAUGAGUCAAUUUGCCCCACCCUGUCUGACUGUACUUCGAGUUCCCCCAGCUAAUGAGGCCAAGGCGGGCUGGCCUCUGCCGAUGUUACCUUUUACCUCAGUAAAACCCAGUCACAGCCU